GGUCAUUUAUUCACUUCCGGCUGAUUUUUUUCUGAAGUAUAGUAAUGCAGCGGACACUUGCAAAAAGCCUGCCAAGGCUGUUAAAUUUGUCAAAAAUAGAUACCACUAAAUGUUCGAUUUUUGGAACACAAGUUGUCAACUACUCACAGAAGCAAACAGAACCAAAGUACUUAUCACGAUAUGGUGGAAGGAAUACAGUAACACUUUUAACAGGGGAUGGAGUAGGCCCAGAACUAAUGUCUUACGUACAGGAAGUCUUUAGGCAUGCUGGUGCUCCAAUUGAUUUUGAAGAAGUAGAGAUUAAUGCAACAACAAAAGAUCCUGAAACAAUGAGAGGGGCCCUGUUAUCUGUUCAGAGAAAUGGUGUCGCUAUUAAAGGAAAUAUAGAAACAAAGUUUGAUGAUCCCAGUUUCAAAUCAAUGAAUGUUGAAUUAAGAACACAGUUGAAUUUAUUUGCAAGUGUUGUAUGGUGUAGAUCUAUACCUGCUGUGAAAACUAGACAUAAUAACAUAGAUCUGAUUCUGAUUAGAGAGAACACAGAAGGAGAAUACACAAACUUAGAACAUGAGAAUGUCCCAGGAGUGGUAGAAAGUUUGAAAAUAAUCACAUCAGAAAAGUCAACAAAAAUAGCCAAAUAUGCUUUUGAUUUUGCUAAAAGACACGGACGAAAGAAAGUUACAGCUAUUCAUAAGGCUAAUAUAAUGAAACUUGGAGACGGUUUAUUUUUAGAAAGCUGCAGAAAAGUUGCUUGUUUAUAUCCAGAUAUAGAGUUUAAUGAUAUGAUCAUAGAUAAUGCUAGUAUGCAGAUGGUAUCUAGACCCCAGCAAUUUGAUGUGUUAGUGAUGCCUAAUUUAUAUGGUAAUAUCCUGAGUAACAUAGCAGCAGGUUUAGUUGGUGGACCAGGAGUUGUGCCGGGUAUGAAUCUGGGUGAAGACUAUGCAGUAUUUGAAUUAGGAACAAGGAAUUCAGGAAGAUCUUUGAAAGGAAAGAACAUAGCCAAUCCAUCAGGGUUGUUACUAGCAGCAUGUGACAUGUUAGAUUAUUUAGGACAAUAUGAACAUGCAACUUUGAUAAGAGACUCUGUUAUGGAUGUUUUAUGUGAAAAGAAGAUCCAUACACCAGACUUGGGAGGACAGGCAACAACACUAGAGGUUGUACAGGCUAUUGUAGAUGAUAUCAAACCUAAAGCUAGAAGUUGGAGUGAAAAUGUAGCAAAAAAUUUAUACAGUACAAAACCAUGACAACGGUCAUAUUGGAAACUGAUGAAAUGAAUCUCUUGAUCUUUUAUCUUCAAUUUACUGGACUGUGAUAUAGUAAUAACUGUUUAAAGUUGGAAUGUUUAUAUUGGAUUUUCCUGUAUAAAACCCAGAUUUUCAAGAUACAACAGAUGGAGGUCAAUUACUUUAAGCAAUCAAUUUAAUUCAUUAUCUUCAAGAUUCAUUAUGUGAAAUCCUCUUGAUCAGAAGAAAAAGUCAGUUCAUAAAUAAGACCUUUUCAAAUUGUAGUAUUAUUUGUAUUUUAACUGUAGUUUUAUUGUAUACACAGAUUAGCAAUAUUGUUUCAUUAUUUAUUAAAUUGUUGUGUCAAAA